AUGGCCUAUUUCACCUCCCUUUGGAAGGCGAGGAUAAUAGAAAAAUGCAAAAGGGAAUAUGAAGACGAAAAAAUUAAUUCUAUUCUUGCAUCCAACACCAAAAUUCCUCGGAAAACAACAAGUGUGAUGCAAACAUGGCGUAUUUACAGGCGUGAUACCAAAACUCGAAUAACUGGGAAAUUGAGAAAAUUGUUCCCAGAGGGUUCAUCUGUAUCAAACUUUUAUUAUUACUUGCAAACUGACAAGGCGUUUCCUAAUUUUGUUUUGAAGAGCGUCGGCGGGUUUCUCGGCGGUAUUGUGCUCACGUAUCUCUGCUUUAUGUUCUUUGUGUUCCAAUUGUCGAUAUCGCUGAUCCACGCGACCAUUAUGAGUUCUGUUAUAGGUGUUUUGCUCACUCUGGGUCUGGCCUUCAGUUAUAGAAUCAGAUGUUUAGUAUUCCUGCUCAUUCCGCAAUUAUUCUCCCGCGUGGGACGGUAUACGAUCACUUGCUACGCCCUCGUCUUGAUAUUGACGGGACCCGCCACCAAUACAUUCAAGAAUUUGGAAGUUUUAUCGGAAUCUAUGGCCUGCAGUCAGGAACAAAUAAAAACGAACGUUAAACAAAUAAACGAGUCAAUGAAAAAACCUUUUGACGCGAUGAAGGACAGUAUAAAGCUAAUGGUUGAGACAAUCAACCGCCUCACCUCCACUGUAAACGAGAUUAUAUUCAAGAUAAGUGUAUUGACCACUAGUAUCUAGCUAAAAGUAUUUACCGACCGAAUCAACAAAAUGUUUUUCAUUAAAGUGGAAAUCCAGCAUACUUAUACCUUCACCAGCAACGUCAGUGACUCGGUUAGUCAAGUCGCUGCUGGCAUUGUCACUGAGAUAAGGAAAAGAGCUGACCCUCUCUUGACUUGGUUAUCUUGGAGCUCCUGUGUCACAAGCUUGUUCCUAUUGCUGAUUAUAUUCAGAGCUAAAUAUUAUCAGCAUAUGUUUGAAACAAGAUCACGAUUCGAUAACCGCUACGUGACUCAAGAGCUGCGUGAAUUAGAUUUGAAGAGGUACCUCGAGGGUCGUGAGACCAUACUGCCGCUGAAUAGGAGGGAACAAGCCAAAUAUAUAAAUGUAACAUCGUUCCGCUUGGUAACAACCGAGAAGCUUUACCUCACACGUUCCAUGAUUUUCAUGACGAUAACGACUUUCAAGCUUUUAGUACACAUUGUCGCCGACUACAGUUUGUACUGGGUUCUUAUGACAAUACGCCGCAAUGGACGAUCCCAAACAAUAUUGCCACCUGGACCAUCCGAUGCUGGUGUUCAUAUAUCGGGACAUGGGAUAGUAGCCGAUUUUAUCCGGUACAUAUUUAAUUCUCUUACUAUUCCGCUGGUGCCGAAAAUGCCAUCGCCUGUGACCUGUCUUCCCAAUCCGUAUACACCCGAUUUGCAGCGGUAUUCUCAAAUUGCUGUAUUAAUUAUGCUCCUAUGGUUCUUUUCAUUAUUUGAACCAUACGGUCUUCGACUGCGUCACGUUAUAAUGGGGCAUUAUAGACCGGAGCGUGCGAAAACACGUGCUGUAUGGCUUUACAAUCACAUUUUGAGAACCAGAGGCAGUUUUAUGAAAUUGGCUCGAAGAAAACUCCAUCGUGAAUACAAAUAUGCGGACCAAGGAAGUCUCACAUUUCAGCACUGGAUAAAUUCAGUUUUACCUUGUUGGUUCCUUCGAUAUUAUAUGUUAUGCAUGGGCAAAGUGCCCAAAGAACCCAAUUGUUUACUAUGUAACACUUCAGAUGAUGGAAAUGAUACAGAUACAAAACUUAUAAGUUGUAAAGCUACAAAAUGUCCCGGAGUAUACUGCACUAGAUGCUACUGCGAUAUUGGCCAUUUGUGUACCAUUUGUUUGUCACCCGAGGAUUAUGGCGAUAUGAGUGAUAUCAGCCUAGAAACGUGA